UCAAACUCAACAUUCAAGAGAGGCACCAUGGAGAGCUAUACCUUCGUUGUAGUGGGUGGGGGUAUUGCCGGCGUAUCUUGUGUGGAAAUGCUGUGCCAUUUGCGACCCGAUAAUCGGGUGCUUUUGAUUACCGCCUCCCAACUCGUUAAGGCUGUGGCCAAUGUCAGUCAGCUCACUCAAAUUCUCUGCUCGUUCGAUGUCGAGGAGCAAAACUAUGGAGAAUUUUCGGGUAAAUUUCCAAAUUUGACAGUGGUCCAAGACACGGUUUUGGAUAUCCUCCCCGAGAGUCAUCAAAUUCGCACCGACAAGGGGCUCACUUUUCAUUACGAGAAGCUGUGCUUGUGUCAUGGAGCCAGGCCAAGGUUAUUGUCAGACAAUGAGUUUGUCUUGGGUAUCAGAGACACGGAGUCCGUUCAAGUAUUCCAAAACAAGCUCAAAGAGGCCUCCAGAGUGGUGAUUGUCGGCAACGGUGGGAUUGCGACGGAACUGGUUCACGAACUUAAAGGUGUGGAUGUAAUCUGGGUGAUCAAGGAUGAGACCAUCUCGGCCACAUUUGUGGAUCCUGGAGCUGGUCAGUUCUUCUUGGAUAGUCUUCAAGAAGGUCAAACUGGUGGCGCGCCCGAAGUCUGCAAGCGCAUGAAGUAUUCAUCUCGAGAUUUGGCGCCAAAUUCUAGCACUUGUAAAGGCAGCGCGUUGGGUCCUGACUGGCAUCGCAACAUUCAAACUUUGGGCGCCAAAGUUGAAUCCACAGCGAGGAAUGUGAUGGUGGAAUUCAAAAGUGAAGUGAAAAGAGUCCUAACCCGCACAGAAUUCCAAGGGUGCGGGCUGAAGGAGAGUGAUAAAUGGCAAUCAGCUCGUGAUUGGAGCGUUUACAUCGAACUUGACAAUGGAACUGUCUUGGGAAGUGACUUCGUGGUAUCAGCCACAGGGGUAACACCUAAUGGUGAUCUAAUAAGUGGCCAUCUCUUUGAACAGACACCAGAUUUGGGAAUCAAGGUUGAUGAUAACUUUCGAACUAAUGUGCUUGACGUUUUCGCAGCAGGAGACGUGUGCACCACGACUUGGACCAAUGCACCACAUUGGUUUCAGAUGAGAUUGUGGACCCAAGCCAGGCAGAUGGGCUUGCACGUGGGACAAUGCAUGAAUGCCUCGUUGGAAAAUCGUCUUCAAACGUUGGACUUCAGUUUCGAAAUGUUCACACACGUAACCAAAUUCUUUGGAUACAAGGUGGUUCUUCUUGGUCUCUUCAACGGUCAGACACUGAAUAAUGAAUACGAGAUUCUCCUGAGGAUCACCAAAGGUCAGGAAUAUGUCAAGACCAUCUUGAAAGACGGGCGAAUGCAUGGCGCCAUUCUGAUCGGGGAAACAGAUCUGGAGGAGACCUUUGAGAAUUUAAUCUUGAAUCAAAUGGAUUUAUCGUCUUAUGGCGAAGACCUUCUCGAUCCAAGCGUUGACAUUGAAGACUACUUCGAUUGAAAUAUAAAAUACCUUCAAUUUCCGAACCAAAGUGGGUAUAUCAAACGCUCAAAAUUGGUUUUUCAGA